UCCGAUACGCCCUUGCUGUACAAGGCUGUCCCAACAUGGUUCAUUCGUGUUGAGGUCCUGGUUGAGCGCCUGCUAGCCAACAAUGCCAACACAAUGUGGGUGCCUGACUUUGUCAAGGAGAAGCGCUUUGCCAACUGGCUGCGUGAUGCACGUGACUGGGCCGUGUCGCGGAACCGAUACUGGGGCACGCCGAUACCGCUCUGGGCCAGCGACGAUUUUGAGGAGAUCGUUUGCAUCGGAUCUAUCGCCGAACUGGAGGCGCUGUCGGGGAAGAAAAUUAGUGAUCUUCACAAGGAGUUAGACAGUGUAUUUAAACCGUGUUGCGUUGUUGCCGACGAUUCAACAGUCCACUCCCUGGAAGAAAUUUUCGAACUUCACUAUCCCUUUGAGAACCUGGAGCGCUUCAAGGACGGCUUUCCUGCUGACUUUAUUGCUGAGGGCGUUGAUCAGACCCGCGGCUGGUUCUACACCCUCCUCGUACUCUCCACGGCCCUGUUUGACAAACCGCCCUUCAAGAAUCUCAUCGUGAAUGGCAUAGUGCUCGCCUCUGAUGGACAGAAGAUGAGCAAACGCGCAAAGAACUAUCCCGAUCCAAUGGAGGUGAUCGCCAAACACGGGGCUGACAGUCUUCGCCUCUACCUCAUCAACUCACCCGUCGUGAGGGCUCAGAACCUGCGUUUCUUUGAGUCGGGCGUACGCGAUGUCGUGAAGGAUGUCUUUAUUCCCUGGUACAACGCCUUCCGCUUCCUCAUGAAGUCGUCCAUCCAGCCCUACGAACGGGCCUCGGGAAGGGAAUUUAAAGUCCGACCAGAUGAUUUCCCCAAAACCUCGAACUACAUGGACCAGUGGAUUCUGUCUUUCACGCAGAGUCUAAUGGUCUUUGUUCGCGAAGAGCUCAAAUGCUAUCGCCUGUACACAGUGGUGCCACGUUUGGUGAAAUUUAUUGACCACUUGGUCAACUGGCACAUCCGAAUGAAUCGUCGUCGUCUAAAGCUUCGGAAGUACCAUGUUCUGGGUCUUCAAAGCCACUAG